AUGGAAAAUGGCCAAAGACCGAACUUACCUCGCAGCAAUCCGUUCCAUCCAUUCCCGUACGACAAAGUGUGCGUGUAUGCUGGCUACAAAGAAAUGCUUCAGCUGUUUGGUGUCGGGUCGCCCGUCUUUGAGAUUGUUGACUGGCAGUGUGUGGGGUUACCAGGCCGCGACGGCAGCAAAUCAGUCUUCUGGAUGGGCACCAAGGGCGCAUACACACCUUGUCACUACGACACAUAUGGUUACAAUGUUGUUACGCAGCUGUACGGAAGGAAACGCUGGACGCUGUAUCCGCCAUCAGAUGAACGAUACCUGUAUCCAACACGCAUUCCGUACGAAGAAUCCAGUGUCUUCAGCGCAGUCGACCAUAAGCAGCCUGAUAGCACCAAAUACCCACUGUUUGCAGGGGCUACAAAGUAUGAGGUGGUACUGGAGCCUGGCGAUGUUCUCUUCGUGCCAAACCACUGGUGGCACUUGGUGGAGUCUUUGGAGACCUCGAUCAGUGUUAACACUUGGGUUGAACAG